AUGGGCCCAGAAUGCAUGGCUGUGAACACCUGGGCUGACCCCAAUGUGGACAGCUACAAACACCUGGUGUGCGCUCAGGAGGACGUGCUCCGGCCGGGGAAUUAUGAGGGAUGCAGAGCAGCUGAGGCUCCGUUUGGCACCGCCGCUCCGAGGGCGUCCUGCGCCCUCCAAGGCCCGGUCCCAGGGGCUGCGGGGAAGCCGGGCCCGGGGACCCCCUCCCACCCUGGGCCGAGCCCCCCGCUCCCUGUGCGGCCUGUCCCAGGCUUCCAGGUCUCUGCUCCCGCGCGCCAGGCGGCGCUCCACCUCCGCGGCAUCGCCCGUGACAGCGCCCUGUGGAUCCUCCGCAGUUCCGCGUCCCAGAUUCGGUGCCCCGAACCCGUGCAGACGUGGUCUGUGGGGCCCAGGCCCGCUGGCCCCUGCGGCUCCCGAAGCCGAAGAACUUCUUCAAGGAGCCCAGAAUCCGCGAUCCAGCCCGGUCCACCCUUCAGCAGCGACACUCGCAGCCUCCGACCUCUCAGACCUACUGACCUCUCAGACCCAGUGAGCCCCGCAAAGCCGUUAGGCGCGCGCCUGCACCGCGGGGGCCACGCGGCUCCCGGAAGCCGCUCCCAGGCGGCGCCCGCCGACAGGUGGGGCUGCAGCCCGGGGCAGGCGCCGCUGGGCUCGCCGGUUCUCCUGGCGGGCCCGGGCAGCCCCGGGACCACAGGCGGAAAAUCGCAGGCGCGCAGCCCGCCCUGCCUGAGGAGGGGGGCCAGUCUGGCCACGCACCUACCCUGCUCAUCGUCCGCAGGGAGAUCUGGGGCUGGCACGGGCACUCCGCGGCCACCGGGCUGACUUCACGGAUGGCCUGGCUUCAGCGCUGAGGCUCUGGCCCUGGGGGCUGCCUGGCUGGUGUCAGGCAGCGGGAGAGGCAUGGACAGUCUGGGGUUGCCCCUUCCCCCACCCGCCCCACCGCUUCCCGUGCCAGGACGGGCAGUUUGCAGCUGCACCUCUGGCACUGGCGCGGGAUGGCGGAGCUUCCCUUGAAUGACGUCGGGGUCGCCGAGCGCACAGCCUACCCGGUCUGAGGGUCCUCUCCUCCCGGACACCUCUCCGGAUCCUGGACCCUGGCGCUGGGCAAUCCACACAGUUUGGAGACUGAGCGGCUGCACAUUCUGACUGGGUUUGCUGAGGUACUUCCCCUCAUACAUUUUUUGUCCUGGGACUGGGGGUUGUGGAAGGAAAGACUGCUUUGCGAUGCUGCAUAAUAAAUAUGGUUCUAAAAGUGCAGGUGUUAGAAAUAUCUUCCCUAAUUAACCACACUCCUAUGUAAGUAAAAAGGAAAUCUGCAAAUUUUAGUGGAAAAUUACUUCUUCUGAAACUAAUCUUGAUGUUGGACUUCUUUAUUCAUUAGUUUCUCUUUGAUAUUCAUAUCAUCCCCUUAACUUACUCUUCUCUCACACCAACCUGCACCCCCCAAGGCUGUUGUAAAGAAUUAUCUUUAAAAAAUCUUAUAAGCAGCUGGAACAUUUUCAUUCCAGUUGAUCAAAGAGAUCGCUCAUGGUUCUGUAACUAGAGCAGAAAUAUUAGAAAAAGGAUAAAAUCUAUUGUAGUUGUACAUAAAGAAUAUUACUUCCAAUUUUAUACAGAACUGUAAAUUAAAAAUAAAUGAAUGGAAAAUA